AUGUUACGUUCCAUAACCGUUUUAAAAGCAGCUGAAAGCAUAACAUUAUAUUCUAUAACAGUAACAAGUCGACUAGUAUUAGGUUGGAUUGCAUUACAUGAACAAUUCAUUGGAAAUAAGGUUAUUCUCAAAGGUCUAAUUAAAGAUUUAAAUAGUCAAAAAUUAACAAUAUUAAUGAUAAAACCAAUUGGUCUAUAUGAUGUCGAUAUUUACAUGUGUAUCGGGUUAAUGAUAGUAGCAUUAGCAUUCAAUUUAUUAACGAUCACAAUACCUCAAGCAUAUAUAGAAUUUUCAAUUGUUGCUUGUUUACUCAUUGUUAUACCAACUAUUGGACGUAAGACUCUCAAAGUAUACUAA